CUGCGCAUCGAUUAUUGUAGUGUCACACAAAAAGAAGAAGCUGAAAAAAGAAUUUUGGAAGAAAGCAACUGCAAUUUUGUAAUAACCCGAGCCUUGCAUCGCAAUGAAUAAUGGAAAAUAGACAGUCAAGUGCCAGUGAUGUGAUAGUACCAGAGCUCUACUUCCUCAUCUCCAAGUUCCUGGCUGCGGGGCCGCUGGAGGAGACGGCAAAGGUGUUAAUCCGGGAGCUCGAACAGAAGAAGGUUUUGCCCCGACGCAUCGACUGGCAGGGAAAUGAGCAUGAACAGACCUUCUCCGAAUUGGAACAAAAAUACGCCCAUAUUGGCGACAACCAUCUGUUGGAGAUAUGCAGCCGCCUGUGCCCAUUGGUGGAGCGGGAGCUGCCGCCCAGUGUUCCGGGGAUAAAUUCCCUCCUGGGUACCGGGCGUCAGAACCUGUUGCGAACCCAAGAGACCGUUUAUCGUCACCGCUCCCUGCGCGACUAUUGCACCCGCCUCCAUGGCGUGUCACUGCCCGAUUCAGACUUGACCAGACCUACCCACAACUUGCUACGAGUUAUUUCUGGUCGGGAGCAUGGCGGUCAUGUACGUCGCAAGUUGCUGGUGCCCACAGAUCUCUACCGGAAGACGAAGCUGCUCCGACGCACAGUCGGUCACCUCUCGUCGGUGUACUGCGUGCUCUUCGACCGCACCGGGCGUUACAUCAUCACGGGAGCGGAUGAUCUGCUUAUCAAGAUUUGGUCUGCGGCUGAUGGUAGGCUGCUGGCCACCUUGAGAGGCGCCUCUUCUGAGAUCACAGAUAUUGCCAUCAACUUGGACAACACAAUGCUGGCCGCCGGCUCGGUGGAUCGAAUCCUUCGGGUUUGGGACAUGCAGACUACCUCACCCAUCGCCGUUCUCAGCGCGCAUACUGGAAUGAUAACCUCGGUGAACUUCUGCCCGUCGCCUCGCAGUGACCUCAAGUAUUUGGUGACCACCAGCACAGAUGGAUCGAUUGCCUUUUGGCAGUAUUCUACUCCCCGCGGUCAAAAGAUAACCUUUGCUCCGAGGCCGACCCAGUACCACGAAAAGCUGCGCCCCGGUCAGGCCCAGAUGAUGUGCACAACCUUCUCACCUGGUGGCAUAUUCCUGGCCGCGGGAUCCGCCGACCACCAUGUCCGCGUCUACAUGAUGGGCGAAGACGGACCGAAACGCAUCCUCGAGACGGAGGCGUACACGGAUGCAGUCGACUCUGUGCAGUGGUCGCACCGUGGGUUGAGAUUUAUUUCGGGGAGUAAGGACGGCACUGCCCACAUUUGGACUUUUGAGUCGCAACAGUGGAAGAGCGUGAAACUCUGCAUGACCGAACGUCUGCCAAGCUGCCCGGAGCCGGAGGAGGGAAAGAAACUUAAAGUUACGAUGGUUGCUUGGGAUGCUUCCGAUCGUUAUUGUAUUACCGCCGUUAACGAUUUCACAAUUAAAAUCUGGGACUCCAAGACAGCCAAGCUGCAUCGCGUCCUGCGGGGUCACAAAGACGAGCUGUAUGUUUUGGAGUCGAAUCCCAGAGAUGAGCAUGUCCUGCUCUCCGCCGGUCACGACGGUCAUGUCUUUCUGUGGGACAUCGAACAGGGUGUCUGUGUGGCGAGCUUCUUUAAUGACAUCGACGGCCAAGGCCACGGUAGCGUGUUUGAUGCUAAGUGGUCUCCAGAUGGCACGAUGAUAGCGGCCACUGACUCUCACGGACACAUCCUCAUCUUUGGUCUUGGCAUGUGCAUUGAAAAAUACAAAACGCUUCCCACAGAGCUGUUCUUUCACACCGACUACCGACCACUUUUACGGGACUCCCAGCACCACGUUAUAGACGAGCAGACCCAGAUAAUGCCACAUUUAAUGCCGCCGCCGUUCCUCGUCGACUCUGACGGCAAUCCGCAUCCCACCAAGUAUCAACGGUUUGUGCCCGGAAGGGAGAACUGCAGCACGGACCAACUUAUUCCCAAUCUGACGGUCGGUGUGGAUGGCGUGGUUGUCGAAGACAAUGUUAAUGCCCAGCAGAACCCCGGCGGUGCUGGUGCUGGUGCUGCAGCUCAAGCUGUAGUUCCAGUUGCAGCGGCUGGGGCAGCGCCUGGUGCUAACUACUCCCACAUAGACCGCAUGAUAGCCGCCUUGGCCAACCGCCAGUCAGUGAGUGCGAACGGGAAUGAUGCCAAUCCGAGCGGCGACAAUCAAGGAUAUGAGCGGAUCACCAAUCGCCAAGUACCCGACUCCAACAGCAGACAAUCCCCACGUGGCAAUGUGUUGGGUGGGCGACUGAGCACUCCUCGCCAGGGCUGGGGACCGUCCGCCGCUGCGGCAGAGGAGCAGCCUCCUGUAGAGCCUGCAGCAGCUCAGGCUCCCCCCCAACAGCCGCUUCCGCUUAAGUUUGUCCGGCGCACCUACGUGCGUCCCAUGAAAUAUGCCCAGUUGCAGAACCUUAAGCAAACAAUCUACUCUGCCGGCCAGUUCGAGAAGCAGGAGUACAAGCGGGAAAUGCGCCGCAGACCAAUCAUGAUAAACACUGCCAGUGCAGCGUCUUCCCAGCAGGCGGGAAGCAUAGGCCGACCGCGAAACACUCGAUCCAAUGGAAGUGCACCACGUCCCGGGGGUCGGAGGCGUGGCGCCCAAGCAGGGGCCGCGCAACAGCAGCCAGCCUACAGAACUCGAGCCGUGCGCGACCAAGAGCAGGAUAACUAUGAAGAGGCUCAGCCGCACGAAGAGGAAGAGGAGGAUGUAUCUAGCAACUCAUCAGGAGACACCAGCUACUCGAAUGUAGAGGAGCAUCUGGAUGACAGCAGUUCCGACUCGGACACGGAUAGUUCAGACUACUCGGAUUGGGUGGCUGAUACCCCUGGCCCCAAUCUAGAGCCGCCCAAGCGCUCCAAGCGCAAACCCAUAUCGCGAAGGCCUCGCAGUAGUGACGACAGCAGCGAUGAUGAAACGGCCGGCAAGGCGAUACAAGCAGCCUCAGGUGGACAAGUGAUAGCGCGGAAGGUGGGCCGGAAGACCAUACUCUUCCCUCCCACGGAUGCCAACGGGGAAAUUCCGGAGCUGUACCGGCCAGCGGAAUGGCUAUCGGAGGUCAUACCGCGCAAGGCUCCCUACUAUCCGCAAAUGGGCGACGAAAUAGUCUACUUCCGGCAGGGACACGCCAGCUACUUGGAUGCCGUGCGACUGAAGAAGGUCUAUAAGCUGUCGCACAGCUCGGAGCCGUGGAACUUUCAUACGCUCCGAGACCACGAACUGGUCCGGGUGAUCGGCAUCAAGUACGAGAUCCGGCCGCCGCGGCUGUGCUGCCUCAAGCUGGCCAUCAUCGAUGAGGAGGGAAACAUGACGGGGACUACGUUCAAAAUCAAGUACCACGACAUGCCCGACGUUUUGGACUUCUUGGUUUUGCGGCAAACCUUCGAUCUGGCUGUGCAGCGAAACUGGAGCAUUGGUGACCGGUUCCGGUGCAUGAUCGGCGAUGGUUGGUGGAUGGGCCAGAUUGAGUCUCGCCAAGCUCUCUCCGCCGACUUUCCCGACUCCUACUUCUCGUGUUUCCGCGUCCGUUGGGACAACGGCGAGUACGAGCGUAUGAGCCCCUGGGACAUGGAACCGAUCGACCAGGAACGUGUCCCCGACGAAGUGGGUGGUGCGGUUCCCGUCCUGCCCGAAGAAAUCCGUGCCACACUAUAUCAGCCCAAGUCUGAGGAGUGGCAUCGCGGUGAUCGCGAUGGAACUUGCCGGAGGAUCAUCAACGGCUUGGAGCAGGUAAUGCGUCUGUCCAUCGCCGAGCACUUCUUGGCCCCCGUCGACCUCAAUAUUUAUCCAGACUACGCCUAUUUGGUCGAGUACCCCAUCGACCUAACCACCGUAAAGUCACGGUUUGAGAACCACUUUUACCGCCGCAUCACCUCAGCACAGUUCGAUGUGCGCUACCUGGCCACCAAUGCAGAGCAGUACAACCGCCGGCACACGAUUAUUGUAAAGCAUGCUCGGAUCGUCACCGAUCUCUGCCUGCGAAUCAUCAGGGAAGCGGAUGAGAUUGACGUGGCUGCCGUUUACCAUCAGUUGGUGGACGUGUAUCACUCAUCCGAGUCGGAGAAUGAGGCAGACUCGGAUGUUGUUCCGUCCACCAGCACUGGGCCAACCACCUCGGCAGCUGCAGCGGCAGCCAGGCAACGAGUCUCCUCCACCAGACGUUCCACGCGGACCCACUCCGAGGGAGACUGGCGAGCCGACUGCCGGCAGUUACUGGAUGUGAUGUGGGCCAGGCCAGACUCACUGCCCUUCCGGGAGCCUGUGGACACCAUAGAGUUUCCCGAUUAUUUGGAAAUCAUCGCCACGCCGAUGGACCUGCGCACAGUUAAGGAGGAUCUGCUGGGUGGGAACUACGAUGAUCCGCUGGACUUUGCCAAGGAUGUGCGACUGAUAUUUCAGAACUCGAAGAACUACAACACCAACAAGCGCUCGCGGAUCUAUUCAAUGACCCUGCGCCUGAGCGCCCUCUUCGAGUCUCAUAUCAAGACUGUGGUCACCAACUGGAAGGCGGCCAGAAGACGCGCAAAUAAGAACAAGUCGGGCAGCAGCGGUGGUGGUGGGCGAGGCGGUGGCUCCAGUACCAGUCCCCCCAAGAGGACAAGAAACGAACGCUCCACUCGCCGCAACCAGAAGCCACCGGCGGCCGCCAGAAGAUUGCCAUUGCCGCAUUCUAGCGACGAUGAGGAUGACGACGACGAUGACAAUGAUGAGGAGGCUUCGGCUACCAGAGCGCCACGAUCCCGCCGACGCAAUGGAGUGGCAGUAGCUGCUAGCUCCUCCAGCUCCAAUCGGGUGACUUCCUCCUCAUCCACUGCCAACCAACAGCGGCGUCACCAGAUCAGCAGUAGUGAGGAAGAAGAGGAGGAGGAAGAGGACGAUGAGUCCAGCAGCAGCAGCGACGACGAUGAGGAUGAGGAGGAGGCUCACUCCCAUGCAAGUUCCCCGCAGCAGGCACGCCCUCGAAGAGGCAGACAACGUCAGCGCCUAAGCGACGAGGACGAGGACUCCGAGGAGAGCUACAACCCCCAGAAGCGCAAGUCCAGCAACCGUAAUAGAAGCCGAAACGGUCACUCGAGCAAGCGACGACGCCUAGACAAGAGUCCAGCUGCCACGAAUGGGUCCAGUGGGUCCGGAACAACCCGGCGCACCCGCCGCUUAGCGGGCAGCUCCGAGGAGACUGCCUCCCAUUCCCAGCAUGACGAAAGUACCCAAGACAGUCAGACGGGACGGCGAAAAGGUCGCUCGGCAAAGAACAGCCGAUCCCAGCCGGUUGGGAAUGGACCCAGUACCAGUGCCGCUGCGGCUGCCAGUGCCAGCUCCUUCAGCCAAGCGAGUCCUUUGCGCAACACCCGCGCCAAUGGAGGCAGAUCCCACAAUGCGGCGGAAAACGAUCACAGCUAUCACCUACCAGCUCGCAGCGGCAGAAUCAUUGAGUCGGAUACGGAAUCGUAUCUAUCCAGAAGACCCACGCGCCAAAGCGCUAAGCGGGCGCUUCUCGAUUGGGGGCGUGGCAGCGACAUCGAGGACGAGGAAAGUGAGGAGGCGGAAGAGAUCCUACCGACGCCCACGAAGGACGAUGUGCCCUCAACAAGUAGAGCUGCUCUAGCCCAAGCCGGAGGCUCUGGAGUUGUUCGUCAACUGCGCACCAACCGGAACACUGUGGUCCGUCCCGUUCAGAGCGACGACGAGGACGACAGUGACAACGAGCCGCUGGCCAAUAACCAGCAAAGAACUGUCCCAUCACCUGCAAAAACAAGCUCAACGUCCGCGGCACCACAUCCACUGAGCCUGCGCCGCCGACUUCCCUCGCCACCCCUGCGGAGCACCCACAUGACGCGCUCUCAUGCCACCUCAACUACAACUUCUGCCAGCCAGGGGCAGCAGCCCACUGUGUCCACCCAUGACCACAGCUACCUGGCCACUGCCAGUUCUGCGGCGCGCGCCCCCCGACGUGUUCUGUCCCGACAUCAGCGCAAUGCAGACGAGCUGGACACCAGCCUGGACCCAUUGGAGAGCUCACGCCUGCUCUCAGCCAUAAGCAACCACCGGCGACCCACCUCCACCACGAAUAGCAAUAGUACUAGUAACAGUAAUGUGGUCACACGACGUCUGCGUGGGCGCAGAAGUCAGGCCAACUCUCAAGACGAGGAUCAGGAAGAGCCAGAGGAGGAGGAGGCAGCUGCCAGCGACGAGGGUACCGACGGGGGCUCUAAUUCGCGAACCUACGAGGAAGAGGGAGAGAACGACUCUGAAGACGAUUCCGAAGACGAUCAGCCGCUGACCAGCUACGUCUCCACCAACAAUGGGCGAUCUUCACGAAAGGCGAAAACUACCUCAUCCUCCUCCUCCAAUACGCGCCCGCUCCGGAGCAACCGACGCCCACCCUCCGCUCAGUCAUUCGUCAACGAUGACGAGGAGGAUGAGGAUUACGUGGGAACACGUAGUCGGCGAAACAAUCGCAGAGGCACUCAGCGAAGUGGCCGGAAUCAGAAAAGACCGAGAUACAAUGAGGAAUCCGAGGAGGAGGAGGAUGCAGGCCCAUAUCGGAGGAAGAGAGUCCGAAACGGCAAUGCUCAUGCCAGCUCCCAGGAGAGAUCGCAGCCGGAGCCGGAACCGGAGGAGGAGGAGGAGGACGACGACGAAGGAGAUAGCUCAGUGGACAGCGAUUACAGCGAACAGAAGGUGAGCGUGAGCAGCCGGGGAAGAGUGCGCAAGAUUUCGGCCAAGGCGCGCAGCAUCUUCAAGGAGUGACCCUAGACUGUUUUAUGUAUAAAUUAAAUCUAAACGAGGAUAACCUUUGCUAGAGUCGCUUUCUUAUUAUUGAUUAAUGUGUAAGAGUAUGAACCACGUCACUUGUCAUUGUCAUCGCGAAUACCCACACCCACACACAGCCCAUCCCGAUUGGCAUCCGUAGAUUUAAGCAGAAAGAGUGUUCGUUUCGCGUGUUCUCGUGUUUUAUCCAUAUCCAUAUCCAUCAGAAUAUUUUUUGAUUAUAUUGUUCAAGUCUUGCGUUGAUCGGCGGCGACAGCGAUCCUACAUAGUGUGUGUAGGACGCGUCGCUCUGACCGAGCAACAGUUCUACAUGUAUUUCUACUCCAAUAUAUAGGUACUACUAUACAUAUAUAUUAGAAAGGUAGCACUCGGAAUCACACUUCAUUUAAAAUAGUUUUAGAAUAAAGUAUCAAGAAAACA